AUGUCGCACAGGAAAUUCUCGGCACCUCGCCAUGGGUCCAUGGGAUUCUACCCCAAGAAAAGGUCCCGCCGUCAUCGUGGUAAGGUAAAGGCCUUCCCCAAGGAUGAUGCCAGCAAGCCGGUACAUCUAACAGCCUUCAUCGGUUACAAGGCUGGUAUGACCCACGUGGUUCGUGAACCCGACCGUCCUGGUUCAAAGAUCAACAAGAAGGAGAUUGUAGAGGCUGUGACCAUCAUUGAGACUCCUCCGAUGACUGCCGUCGUCGCUUUUUACAAGAACUGGUAUAAGUGUAAGAAGAAGGCCUUCACCAAGUCAAGCAAGAAAUGGCAGGAUGAGCUCGGACGUAAAUCCAUUGAGAAGGACUUCAAGAAAAUGAUCCGUUACUGUAGUGUAAUCAGGGUUAUUGCUCACACUCAAAUGAAGCUGUUGAAGCAGCGUCAAAAGAAGGCCCAUAUCAUGGAAAUCCAAGUUAACGGUGGGUCUAUUGAAGACAAAGAAAGGGAUACAAAGGUGUCACCUCUCGUUGGCACACAAAGAAGUUGCCGCGUAAGACUCACAAGGGUCUGCGUAAGGUCGCUUGUAUUGGAGCAUGGCAUCCCUCAAGAGUUUCAUUCACUGUGGCGCGUGCUGGGUCAAAAGGGCUACCACCACCGUACUGAAAUGAACAAGAAGAUCUACAGAAUUGGACAAGGUAUUCACACCAAGGACGGAAAGGUCAUUAAAAACAAUGCAUCCACUGAGUAUGACUUGUCAGAGAAGUCUAUCACACCCAUGGGUGGUUUCCCUCUCACUAUGGAGAAGUUAACAAUGACUUCAUCAUGA